GGGACAGCUGCGGAUACAGUCUCAGUCUCAAGAUGGAAGACCGGAAGACCCGCAUCUUUGAGACGAUAUGGUUGUUCUGGGCGUUUCACCUGGUGGGGUUUGUGAAUGGCAUCAUUGGCCCGACUCUCCUGGACUUGCAACAGUUUGUCCACGCGACCUGGACCCAGAUGACCUACAUAUUCUUUCUCCAAGGAGCUGGCUUUAUAGUCGGAAUUCUGCUGGCUUUCGGCCUUGAGCGGUGUUUGAGUACCAGACUUGUCAUGACGGGAUCACUCCUGCUUGGCUGUAUGGUGAACUUUGCCCUUCCAUGGGGCACCGUGUUUUACUAUCUUGCCAUAAUGUUCUUUAUCAUGGGUGUGGCCAAAGGACUGGUGGACUACGCGGCAAUGUCCAUCUCGAACCAGCUAUGGCCAGGUGAAAAGGGAGCUCCCUUCCAGUUCGUGACCCUGGGGGCGGGAAUUGGUUCGUUCUUGGCACCCUUCAUAGCCACGCCCUUUCUCGCUAACGGACCGUCCGCGGGGGAUAUGUUCUCAAUCGAAAUCAACAACCAUACCAGUCAGCCACUUGUCUGCAUAGAAGGAGACCAGUCUCAAUGCAAUACCGAAUCACAUGUACAAUAUGCAUACGUUUGCAUAGGGAUAUUAAGUAUACCACCGGUUUUUGCGUUUGCGCACUAUCACCGGAAGAGGUGGUCUGAACCGCUGAUAACCUACGAAGAGUUUCAACAUACUGAAAGAGGAAGUUAUUCCACACGACAUUACAUAUUUUUCGCUCUCUUGUUUCUGUUCCACAUUCCCGUAUUCGGCAUUAUGUUGGCGUACGGUGACCUCUUGACCCCUUACGGCGUCACCAUCGGCCUUCACUUUUCAAAAUCGCACAUGGCAAUAAUGACGUCUGUUUUCUGGGGAUGUUUCCUGCUUGGAAGACUAAUCAAUCUAUGUUUUUCAGGCUGUCUUUCAAAUUUCGUUCUCAUAUGUCUUAAUUUCGUAGGAUUGGUGAUUGCAUGUGGAGUGUUGAUAGGGCUGGGCGAUAAGUAUGAAGUAGGACUGUGGAUGGGAACAGCGGCCCUAGGAAUAUUUACCUCCCCUUACCUUCCCAUGGUCCUCGCAUGGAGCGCCAACUACGUCCAGUUAACAGGGGGGAUAAUCACUGCAUGUUUAGUUGCCAGUGGAGUAGGGGAGAUAAUCGUGCCCUUCAUUACAGGGCAGUGUUUUGUUGCUUACACCCCAAAGGUCCUUAUGUAUUUCAUAAGUGGGACAGUUGCUUAUGAAAUAGUGACAUUCCUGUUUUUGGUCGUCUGUUCUCGGGGACUCAGCAAAAGCUAGUAUCCUUAUGACAUGUUCUGUGAUAGAAGUAUGAAAAUUUAACUGGACUCGUGACAUGAACUUUGUACAUCGGGAAUUUCCCCUGUGGUAUAUACGUCGUGAUGUAUGUAUGUAUUGAUUUUAUGAUUUCCAUUGAUACAGUAUACACGUGUAAAAUAAGUAAGAGAUUACAUGAUAUGUUCGAUGACAUUUCAGGAGCUACAAAAACCUACUUAAAAGACUUUAUUGUCACAGUCAUGUUACACUGAAGUGGACAAAUGCCAUGUUUCAUUCACGUCAAUGUCUGACAAUGUUUACUACAAGUGACAUUUUUAAUUCUUGCAGUACCCUGUCCCGCAUACUGACAAACUGAACUGCAUGACGGGUCCAACCUCUUUCUCAUAAGGGGCGGCGGGGUAGCCUAGUGAUUCGAUUCAACACAUGGGUACAAUGUGUGAAGCCCAUUUCGGGGUUCCACUCCGUGAUAUUGCUGGAAUAUUGCUAAAAGCUGCGUAAAACUAAACUCACUCACUUUCUCACUAAAUGCAAUUACCUAAUUUGAGCACCAUAUGUCCGUGUUUUAUCAGAUGAACAAUUGACUUGUCUUUGCAUGUGUUUGUAACGAAAGCCACCGAUGAGACAGGAUACGAUCACCUACUCCACAAAGGCCUGGUGUCAUCACUAUUACUAUUAAAGUUUAAACCCCUAGUCUAGUCGAGUCGUUCAAUGGACUCAGCUUUAAGCAGACAUUUCUUAUAGGGUUCUUGAGAGAGAUACAUUUCUUAUGAUUAUGAAAUUUAUUUUCCACUUUUUUAAACAGUUUCUAGGUGCAUAAUCCAAACUGACCCUUCAAACACCAGAAGGGACAGUCGUUUUCAUCUCUGUACAGUAAGACUCUAGCUUGGUCAAGGUAAUGGAGAGUGUCACAAUGUCACCUGGGUUACCCUGUUGAAGCUAUGUCGUCUAUGCCCGAGGCCUCUCAAAAGUAAUAAUAAUGUUAAUGAUGAUCAGCAUCACACACAUUCCUUUUGGGGUGCAGAAAAAUCCAGCUCUUCUAGACACCUCUUUCGCUGAGGUUACUAAACAAUAAGGUCUAGAAUUGAUAAAUGUAUGGUAAUCAAAAUCGGUCACAUGGUCCAAAAUGUGGAUGACAUUAUAUAUAGUGGCCCACAGUUUCUAUUUUGUGUCUGUGUGUUAUCAUGAAAUAUUUACAGUUUACUCGUUUCAGCAACAUUACUUUUCAAAUGAGUUAACUUUGCAAUUUGUUGAUGGAACUGGCCAUUAUGUUAUAUUUAACAGUUAUGUUAGUUUGUUGUGUGUUGAUAUAUCUGUGAUGAGUGAUGUCAUACCCAUGUUGUAUGAUUACUGUAUGCACGUUUCUGUUGAUAUAAAUCUGUUCAGGAGAACAA